AUGGAGGGGGCUCGGGCUUUCGUGGGCCUGCUGGCCUGGGCGCUGCUGGGGGGUUUCUUGGCCGUGGGCCUCACCCUCGCCUGGGCCCUGCAGUACCGGGAGGGGCUCGGCUGGGACGGCGGCCCCGCCGAGUUCAACUGGCACCCGCUGCUCAUCGUCAUCGGCCUCGUCUUCCUGCAGGGCAGCGCUAUUAUUGUAUACAGACUGCCCUGGACCUGGAAAUGCAGCAAACUCCUGAUGAAACUCAUCCAUGCUGGGUUACAUACCGUAGCGAUGAUUCUUGCACUUAUUUCUCUGGUAGCAGUUUUUGAUUUCCAUAACUCCAAGAACAUUCCUAACAUGUACAGUCUGCACAGCUGGAUUGGGCUGACUGCUGUAAUACUUUACGUCUCGCAGCUCCUUAUAGGUCUAUUUGUGUUUCUGCUUCCAUUUGCUCCUCCUUCUCUUCGAGCACUUCUCAUGCCAUUUCACAUUUAUUCCGGUCUUCUCAUCUUCGGAACAGUGAUUGCAACAGCACUUAUGGGAUUGACGGAGAAACUGAUCUUUUCAUUGAAAAACCCCGCAUAUAGUACAUCCCCACCAGAAGGUAUUUUAGCCAAUGUCCUUGGCAUUCUGAUUCUGGUCUUUGGUGCUCUCAUUUUCUGGAUAGUCACCAGACCCCAGUGGCAACGUCCUAAGGAACCAAGUUCGAAACUUCUUCAUUCAAGUGGAAGCACACCAGAGGGUGCGGAAUGCUCUAUGGUAACGGACUGCAGCAAUACGGACAAGACUGAUGUGGAGUUCAACAGCGAAGCGGCCACGAGAAAACGAAAUCUUAAUCUUGAUGAGGCUGGACAGAGGUCUACCAUGUAAAGAAUAGUACUGAGUAGCUGGAGCCAUGUGGUCCUGUCAAUAAAAGCUACUGCUCCAGGUCA